AUGGCAAUGGUUCUAGCCCCCAAAAGCAGAGUUUCUUAUGUUAGAGAAUUAAAACCGCGUAGAGAUACAUGUCGUAUUGAAGUUAGGAUUCUUCGCUUGUGGAGAAAUUAUAACAAAGAAUCCGGAAACACCAUCGAAAUGGUUUUCGUUGAUAUAGAAGUGACAAGAAUUCAUGCUUCAGUUGGUGAACAGCUCAUCAAGAAGUAUGAAGACAGGCUAACUGAGGGUGAUGCGGUGGUCGUCCAUUUAUUCAAAGUGUACGAUGCUUUUGGUGAUUAUCGGACAACCACACAUCCGUACAAAAUUGGCUUUUUUCAGACAACUUUUGUUGGAAAAGCUGAUGAUUUUCCAAGUGAAGUUCCCGAGAAGUAUUUGGCGGAUUACAAUGAUAUUCUUGGUGGAAAGCUUGAUAACAGCUGUUUGGUUGAUGUUAUUGGCCAAAUAGUUAACUUUGAGUCUCUUGAAAACAGAAUGAUAAAAGGAAAAGAUAACAUGAGGCUCUUGAUUGAGUUACGUGACCAGAAUAAUGUGAAGAUGAUGUGUACUCUGUGGGGUCGUUAUGCUAAACAAGUAUAUGAUUACAGUAUGAGUAACAUGUCCACAAUGAUUAUUUGUGUUAUCAGGUUAUGGUCUGUUAAAGAGUGGAAAGGUGCUUACUCCAUAUCUAGCGGGUAUAAUUCAACCCAUAUUUUGCUCAACCCAACACUGGAUUUGAUUGACCAGUUCAAAGCAAGGUACUCCUCCAGUUUGAAAUCUCUGGUUUGA